AUGGUGACAUUCAAGAUGCUUCGCUCUUCGUCGGCGGACGCGACCAACGAUGUCCGAUCGCCUGACGAAAAGGCCCUCGUCCGACGACUGGAUAUCUUUCUUAUGACCUUUGGCUGUCUUUCACAGGUCAUCAAGUAUCUCGAUCAACAAAACAUCAAUAAUGCAUAUGUCUCGGGGAUGAUGGAAGACCUGAACCUAUAUGGAAAUGAGCUGAAUUUAUUUACAACAUAUUUCAACGUCGCAUACUGCAUCAUGCUCAUCCCUUCGCAAAUCAUACUCACUUAUGUGCGCCCAAGCUACUGGCUCCCGGGCCUGGAGAUUAUAUGGGGUGUCCUAACCGGCUUGGUCGCCAUGUGCAGCAACGCGAAACAAGUAUAUGUCCUGCGUGUCUUCCUGGGUCUAUGCGAGAGUAGCGCAUGGCCAGGAAUGAUGACUCUUUUCAUGUACUGGUAUACGCCAACAGAGCUCGCCAAGCGAAUGGGAUUCUACCACUCCUGCCAAGCUGUCGGGCAAAUGCUAUCUGGUGCCAUGCAAGCAGCAAUCUCCGACACGCUCGAUGGCCAUGCCGGACUAGCAGGGUGGCGGUGGCUAUUUGUGAUCAAUGCCAUUAUCACCGUCGUCUGGGGAUUUGCAGGAUUCUUCAUGAUUCCCGAUCUGCCCAACCGACCGAAUCCGCGAGCAUUCUGGUUCAAGAAGAUCCAUGGCGAGCUUUCACUGGAGCGACUUGCUCGCAAUGGCCGCGCCGAACCUAAGCGCAUGACUUGGGCUGGUGUCAAGCGUACCUUCUCUGGGUGGGUGGUCUACUUCAUCGCCAUCUUGUACAUUGCGACAGUGCUUGGAACCUACGGAUACGUUUACUUCUCGCUUUUCCUCAAGUCACUCAAGAACCCUGAUGGAACCCCCCGAUGGACCGUAACUCAGGUCAACGCUAUCCCCAUUGGUGGAUCUGCGAUCAAUGUCGUGUUCGUUUGGAUCUGGGCUCUUCUUUCUGAUUUCUUCGAAACCCGCUGGACAUUGAUUGUCGUUCAGGCGGUUAUUGGAAUUAUCCCCUGCAUUAUCAUGAGUGCUUGGACCGCAAACCCGGCUUCGGUAGCCCUAUCCGCUGCCUAUGCUUCAUAUUUCAUCUCAUAUAUAUGUCUCGGAACAGCACCACUCAUCUUCGCGUGGCUGUCAGAUCUCAUCCCCCAAGAUCCCGAAGCACGGUCGCUGGCCGUUGGAGUCGCUGUUGCCGGAUACUACUCCAUCUCUGCCUGGUCGCAAGUGCUCGUUUGGCCUGCGUCGCAGGCUCCAUAUUACAAGUACGGAUGGCAGUCUGCGCUGGCCUUGUUGGUUCUCGUAAUCAUCAUGACGAGUAUUCUGAGAUUUGUGGAUGUGCGGUACCUCUUGCCCCAGCGCGAGGAAUUCCGCGCUGAGAUUGAAGAGGACAUUGUUGCCAGCAAGGCAAAUUCGUCGGCGAUUCCGGCUGUUUCAGCCGAAAAUAGAAGGCACAACGGUGAAAGCUCGAAAGUUACACAUACUGCUAGUGUCAACGAGGUAUAG